CGAGUUUCGGGACUUUUUCCUCGGUGAUAUGUACUGCUCUCAGACGUACGCUAUGGGCGUAAGUGACCUCAUCCUCUCCGAACAGCUGUAUGAUUGGCUUGCUGAUGGAUUGUAGAAUAUCGAGUUGUUCUUUUGCCUUUAUGCCAAACACUGGGACAACCCUCAGCAGUGUAAUUCAUCUCACUCCCGACUGCUGGGAUUCUUCGCAUGCCUACCAGGGAUUUGGCGAGCUCUGCAAUGUUUACGACGAUACGCCGACACGAAGAACGCAUUCCCUCACUUACUCAACUUUGGAAAGUACAUGUUCACUGUCCUCUACUAUUGCACCCUGAGUAUGUACCGUAUCGACAAGGUUUCACGCUUUGAGGCCCCGUUCAUCACGUUUGCGUUGCUGAAUGCUGUCUAUUGCUCUGUCUGGGAUCUUGCGAUGGAUUGGAGUCUGGGGAACCCUCAUGCAAAGAAUCCCAUGCUUCGCGAGGUGUUGGCUUUCCGGAAGCCGUGGGUGUACUAUGCGGGGAUGGUUGUCGAUGUCAUUGUCCGCUUCAACUGGAUCUUCUAUGUCAUCUUCCGCAAAGACAUCCAGCAUUCGGCCGUCCUGAGUUUUGCCGUUGCUCUUUCGGAGGUGGGCCGAAGAGGCGUGUGGACAAUAUUCCGUGUUGAAAACGAGCACUGCACGAACGUUCUCCUCUUCCGGGCAUCCAGAGACGUACCGCUACCAUACGACGUUCCCAAACCACAGGCUCCCUCGGAGCAACCAGACGAGGCGAUGCAGCUUCAAGACCACCAACCACUGGCACCCGUCCCUACUAUCGGCGAUGCCGAGCAAGGAACACCACCCACUCCAGGCUUGUCUGUUCGGACGCCGCGUGGUCUUGCUCGGGUUGGUACUUUGCUGGCGGCGGCCCACGCGCAAGACUUCCAGCGUAAGAGACGUCCUGGUGAGAUGCAAAGCGCGACGAUAGGUCAUGAGGGGUUGGACACACCGGAUGAUAGUACGGACGAGGAGGACGGCUCGCGGCCGUCAUCGGAGGGGGGGAAUGUGAUAGUGGAAGAGUAUCGUGAUGAUGAGCGGGAGUAACAGUCUCAGAGAACAGUCUCAGAGUCCAAUCUCAUCCUGACCAGAGGAUCAUUGCUUUCAUGGCAUAUAUUAGAGGAUAGAUUUUAUACAUAUUAUCGCAUAUCAUAGAUGAUCAUGAUCUCAAAUUUCAGCAAUCCAGUUUAAUAACAUUCUUGUGCUUGUGCGUACGCUUGGAAAGAACCCAGGGAGGUAGCAUGUAUCAGAGUAUGCUGUAUUAUGUGUCGCACUGCCUCUAAUGCGAUGGUGUCAAACCAGUCCUACUUAGUAGACG